AUGGACAUCAGGGCUCAAGCUCAGAGGGCCCUGAUGAUCAAGUGGGAGGAGAGCCUGGGGUCUCCGGCGGCGAUCACGGUGACGGUGGACGCGAUACGUCCACAUUUAAGUCGCUGGGUCCAAAGGCGGCACGGGGUGCUGACCUUCCGCCUGACGCAGGUGCUUACCGGGCAUGGUUGCUUUGGUAAGUACCUGCACCAGAUCGCGAGGAGGGAAGCCACCCCUGCCUGUCACGAGUGUGGUGCUCCGAUUGACACGGCGCGCCACACGCUAGAAGAGUGCGCCGCCUGGGACCCUCAGCGGAGGGCCCUCGUGGCGGUCAUCGGCGGGGACCUCGCGCUGUCGAGCGUGGUCCGCUCCAUGCUCGGCAGCGCGAGGUCCUGGUCGGCCGUGGCCUCCUUCUGCGAAGAACGGCGACGCAGCGCGAGGGGAUGCAUGGCUGAUGGGAAGUUCAGUCUCUACUGCGAUCCCCUGCUCUGCAGCCCCGCCGAGGCCAGAGUGGGGUUACGCGAGGCUUGCCCAGGUACAGGGGGUGUUACCUCGGGCUGA